UAAUGGUGUGGUGGAUUACAAGAUACAAGCCGAGUCCAAGUGUUUGCAGAUCUGGUAGUCUAUGUUAUUACCAGUCUCGUGAUGCAGAAGAAGAUGCAGUCUUUCCAUCAACCAACAUAAUGUUUACUUUUAAUAAUCGAAAAUAUAGCAUCAAUGAGAUUAACUAUCUUGUUAGAUCGGGAGUAAACAUUUUCAAUAUAGAUCGAACUGUGCAUGAUCAAAGCUUUGAAGAUAUUCAGGCAUCACUAAUGUUUGAGGCCCAAAAUCAGACAAAAUGUAACCACUCUAAAUAUUACAUUCCUAUCACUCUAGUUAUUACAAUGUCCAUUGGUGAACCACAGAUAAUUAAUAAUAUGGAAAGUUGA